UGAACAAUACCAGAAGUCUCGCACACAGUUUGUACAGACUGUUGCAGAGCUUGCAUCUCGUCCACAAAAUAUUGAGACAUUACAAAAUGCAGGAGUUAUGUCCCUUCUCCGUCCUCUUCUGCUUGACAUUGUACCCACAAUACAACAGACAGCAGCUCUGGCACUCGGCAGACUGGCAAAUUACAACGACGACCUGGCAGAAGCUGUGGUGAAAGGAGACAUCCUCCCUCAGUUGGUGUAUUCCCUGGCUGAACAGAAUAGAUUCUACAAGAAAGCAGCAGCAUUUGUGCUGCGCGCUGUUGCCAAGCAUUCCCCACAACUGGCUCAGUCGGUGGUUGACUGUGGUGCUCUGGAUGCACUGGUCAUCUGUUUGGAGGAGUUUGAUCCAGGGGUCAAGGAAUCUGCUGCCUGGGCAUUAGGCUACAUAGCAAGGCAUAAUGCGGAGUUGGCCCAGGCUGUGGUAGAUGCAGGUGCUGUUCCACUGUUGGUACUGUGUAUACAGGAGCCAGAACUCUCCCUAAAACGCAUCGCUGCGUCUGCGCUGAGCGACAUCUGCAAGCACUCCCCAGAGUUAGCCCAAACUGUUGUGGAUGCUGGUGCCAUUGCACAUUUAGCUCAGAUGAUCCUCAAUCCGGAUGCAAAGCUUAAGAGACAAGUUUUCUCCGCUCUAAGUCAGAUCUCCAAACAUUCAGUGGAUCUGGCUGAGAUGGUUGUUGAGGCAGAGAUCUUCCCCGCAAUUCUGACAUGUUUGAAAGACAGUGACGAGUAUGUGCGGAAAAAUGUGGCUACUCUGAUUAGAGAAAUUGCCAAACACACGCCUGAGUUGGCACAGCUGAUAGUCAAUGCUGGAGGAGUGGCAGCUGUGGUUGACUAUGUCGGUGACUCAAAGGGCAAUGUCCGACUGCCAGGAAUUAUGAUGUUAGGUUAUGUGGCGGCUCACUCGGAAAAUCUGGCCAUGGCUGUUAUUGUGUCAAAGGGUGUUGUUCAGCUGGCCAUUGCCCUAGGUGAGGAAAAAGAGGAUCAUAUUCAGGCAGCCAUCGCCUGGGCGCUGGGGCAGAUAGGACGCCACACCCCAGAGCACGCUAAGGCUGUCGCUGUCGCUAACGUCCUGCCAAAGUUACUGGACUGCUACCUACGAGCCGAUGCCUCUGAAGACUUACAGACAAAGAGCAAGAAAGCGUGCAAGAACAUAUUACAGAAGUGCGUCCAUCUGCCAGCAUUAGAACCAUUACUGCACCAGGCACCUGCUAACAUCCUCAAGCACAUUGUGGGACAGUUCAGCAAAGUGCUACCACAUGAUGCCAAGGCACGCAGAUUGUUUGUGACGAGCGGAGGACUGAAGAAAAUCCAAGAAAUCAAAUCUGAGCCAGGUUCUGCCCUGGCUGAGUACAUCAACACGAUCAACAACUGCUACCCAGAGGAAAUUGUCAAAUACUACUCCCCUGGUUACUCAGACGCCCUUCUGGACAGAGUUGAGCAAUACCAACCCCAGGCUUAAUGCUGACACAGGCUCAACAGUUCUGCCCCCCAAAUCAAGUUGUUAUUUAAUACAGCACAUCACAAUUUCGAUUUCAAAUUUACAUGAACUUUUACAACAUGUAAAUUUUUUUUCUCAUAUUUAAUGAAGUGCAAAAACAUAUUUGGGCUAAUUAUGUUAUUACAUGUAAGCAUGAUAUCAUAAGUCUGACUUCAGUCUGUCUCCUUUCAACAAUGUGUCCCAAGAGUUUAACACCUUAAAGAAAAUGUAAAAUACUGGAGAUAAAAUACUUGUCUGUAAUAUUUUUGCAGAACUUUAUCAUUUUUUAUUAUCUAUAUAUCAAUAUCCUACUCUUCAAGCUGAAUCCACUAAAGCAGAAAUGAUAGAGCCACUAAUAUACUUCCACCAUUCACAUAUUUACCAGUGAACUCAGUUUACAGCAUUACAUGAAUAUAUAUAUUGAUCAGUUAUCACUGGAUAAGCAUAUUACAUGUAUGAUUAAUAAUACAUUUUUGACUUGUUUUACA